UGUUUUCCAAAUAUUUAUUUCAGGAAAAGUCAUCACGGGGCAAAUUCCCCUUACUUUUUUCUUUGUCCGAUGAAAAUUUGUGAAUUUUUAGUGAAAAUAGCGUACCGUAAAAGCGAAAAAACCACAUCUGACUAGCUCGUGCAGACUUCGUGCGAGCUUGUGACUGUUUUAACCGGCGGAGACCUUUGAAAUGUCAUCCCGUAGAAGGAGCCGGAGCAGGGAAAGGAAAAACAUUGCGUCCAAGCUGCGCAUGGACAAUAACGCUCCUCCACAAAGAAUAACCGAUCCAAGUCUACCUGCUGGAAGAAGACGUGAAAUCGAUAACGUAAUGAAGAAAGCAAGAGCUCAAAAUUCUCCAACAUCCAGUGCUAUUUGGGAGAAAAAAUUACUCGAAGUGGAAGCCAAGGAUUCCAAUAGAUGGCGUCAUUCGGGCUACAAAUCCCUGUACCUCGACGGGCAGUCGUCCUCGCGGUCCCGGUCUCGUUCCCGUUCGUUUUCGUCCACCCGUCGCGGGGGCGCGGGCGCUUCACCGUCGCCUAGACGCGCCCGCUCGCCCCGUUCGCCACCGCCCAGAGCUCGGUCUCCGCGUAGUCCGCCGCCCCGAGGACGCAGCCCCCGAUCGCCGCCCGCCCGACGCGGAGCCAUGUCUCCGCCGAUGGGAUACAGAGGAGGUGGUAGACCCAGAACACCACCCUCGCCGAAAAAAAGAUGCAGAAGAUCAGCUUCUGCGAGUAGCAUGAGCAGUUGCUCAGAAGAUUCUUGUUCUGUGUGUUCUCCUAAACAUGGCAGGCAACGGUCCAGAUCUCGUUCGUUUUCUCCUCCGCCACGUCCUUCAGCCUCAAGCGCUAUCCGUAAACCUCCUCCACCUUCGAAAGCGCAAACGUCGCGACCUCAAAGACCUCCCAGUCCUUCUUCGCCUCCACCGAGGAGGCUUCCGCGUCCUGUAACACCGCCGAUGGCCAAGCGCAUGCCCAGGCCUCCCACUUCUAACGAUAGACCUACAGAUCCUAGGACUAGGCCUCCACCACCUAGGCCUGUGCCUCAGAAACCUGGUCAGAAAGUAGCUGAAAAGGUACCUACUGGGAAAACGCCUCUACUUACUCGAAUCAAAAAAGAGGGAGCCCAAAAAAAAAAGAAUCCUGGUUCGCCUGGAGCGGAAUCUUCUGGAUCUGAAGACAGUGGCGCAUCUGCCACAGUGCCAAUCGUAGCGACCACUGCAAUGACUUUGUCUGAAAGAUUUGGUAAAAUAGCUCAAUGGACUGCAGACAGAGAAAGGCGCGACAUUGAAAACAUGAGGAUAACGAAAACGGGCAGCAACAUGAAAGUAAUGGUAGAACAGGACGAAUUCCUGUACGGUUCGCCACCAAGACGCUACAGCAUAUCUCCAGUGCCGCAAGGACAUUAUCCCGAUGAAUUGUUAUCCGCAGGGCAGUCGCGAUUGGCUGCUUGGGACGACGUCCGAGUGCGCUAUCAAUAUUACAAAGAUUUGGGUUAUCUUCGUGAUCUCAGUCUUGACGACUAUGUGAAAUGGGAAGAGUGGUGGUACAAGUACCAAGAUUGGUUGACCAAUGAGAGGCAUUACGAACACUGGUUGACGACACACGGAAAUUCUGGAGGUGGCGGAAGGAGGCGGAAGAAAAGAGUGCAUGCUAGUCAAAGGCUAGGUGUUUAAAAAAUAUAUUUUAUUCAAUUAAGCUUAAGGAGAAAAAAUGUAGGUUUUUAUUUUUUUGCAGCUAAAUUUUAAGCACAAAACUUUAUUAUUUAGACCUCCUAUAUUUCUUCAAAAUGAUAAUUUUACAAUUUAAGUGGAGCAAAUUUUAAUCUCGAUUUAUUUUAAUUAAUUUUUUUUUUUUUUUUUAAUUUUAAUUUUACUCUUAUUAUUCUGUGAAUUUGGACAAUGUUCCGAAACUUUUUUUUAUAAUUUUUUUGU